UUCCCUCAGCGACGGAUGCGUCCUAGCAACAGUCGGCAGAGGAACUGCAGUUGUGCCCUUGGGAUUUGCUUUUCUGAGAGGAGAGUGAAACUUCCACCUCCAGCUUUCAAAGGAGCUUUUCCCAAGGGCACUGCAAAGAGGCUCCUUUUCUUUCGGUUCAGCAGUAUCAGCCCAAGUCAGAACCAUGGCUCCAAAACAAAAACAAAAGAAAAAGUCAUCACGUGGCAAAAAAAGCCCAAAACCAAUAUUAGCUGCUAGUGAAGACAUGGAACCAGUAAAUAUGGAGAGCAUGGGUCAUCCAGAAAUUUAUCCUUUAGUGUUAACUACCAAGACCCAGGAAAUAUUUAACUGCCGAAUAGAUGAAGAUGUCACAGAUGAACAACCUUAUAAGCUUAUCAAUAAAGAAGAUAUUUUUGAGGACCUGCGCAACAGAGCUGCAGUAUCUGAUUUCCACCCAGUCAAAAAAAUUGUCCAGGAAUAUCCUGGAAAUGAGCUUCUGCUUGUUUAUGACAAAGACUUCAAAUAUGGACUUAACUUUUAUCUUAUUGGAACUGAAGAGGGCAAAGAAAACUAUUUAAAUCGGCAGGUCAUCCCUGUGCUUCCCAGCCAGCAUCUGCAGCUCCUCAUACUUGAUCUGAUAUAUGCUCUCCGCCUCAGCCCGGCUGCGAUUGGCGAUCUCCUCAUACUGCGCCUUGACCUCAGUGAUGAUGCUGUCCAUGUCCAUGGAGCAGCACCACAGACAUCCGUUUUCUGCUGCUGCAGGAGGCUCCACUUGGUCUCCAGCAUCUUGUUCUGCUGCAUAGCCUGCACCCAGGCCACCCCGGAAGCUGCUGCUGCCCACUCGGGAGAAGCUCAAGGAGCUGAUGCAGGCACCGGGCCCACUCAUGUAGGAGUGGCUGCUGAAGGCCCAGGGGCCAGAGGGGCUUCAAUGUGUUACCUUUACUGUUUACAUGUGUUACAGAUUACAUAUAUGAUUUCUCAAAAACGAAUUGAAUUUGGUGCACCAGUUAAGUUCAGUGACCAGAAUGCUUCCAGUGUAAAAGAUGCCUAUAUUGAAUGUACAGCCUACCCAGAUAAAAAUUUUACCCUUAAACAACUUGAGAAAGAUGUCGGCAUGCAAGUAAUCCCUCAAAUAAAAGACAUAAGCACUCAGACAGAAUGGACAUAUCCCAAAAAUGCUACCAUACAAUAUUAUCCAAGAGAAUUCUCAGAAGAAGAAAAAGAGACACUCAAACAGUCAAGGCCUUUGGUUGAUUUUCUUAACAAUGCAUCCAUAAGUGUUGAAAUAGCCCUGCAGCAAAAUGAAAUCAUGAACACAUUUAUUGAUGAUUGGAAAUACCUCGCAGAAGAAGAAGGCACAUUUGGGGACAAGACUGAUACCCACCUGAAAGAAUACCAGUCCUUUACCGACCUUCACAGCCCAACAGAGAAAAUGAUUACCUGUAUCUCAUGGCAUCCAACUAUCUAUGGACUAAUAGCUGUGUCAGUGGCCGUGCGACUUUCUUUUGAAGACAGAGUAUACUUUUCUGGUAAAUUAUUGCUGCAGCCAUCACUGAUUCUUUUCUGGAGCUUCUCCGAUCCUAUACAUCCUCAGUUAAUGCUGGAGAGCCCAGAUGACAUCUUCUGCUUCAAGUUCUGUCCGAGUGAUCCUAAUAUCAUUGCUGGAGGCUGUAUCAAUGGGCAGAUUGUCCUGUGGGAUAUCACUGCACAUGCAGAUCGCAUAGAAAACAUUAAGGCAGGUGGUAGUAGAAGUAAGAAAGCCACAUUGAAGCCUAUGUUUCUCCUUGAACCAGAGAGUAAUAAAGAAGCAAUGUAUAUCAGACACUGCGCAGUCUCUUCAAUAGAGAGUGGACAUAAGAAAGUAAUUACAGAUAUACACUGGCUGUCUGACACAUUUGAGAUUAACAGGAUGGGCUCUGUCUUUGAAAAUCGAAGUGGAAUAUGCUGUCAGCUUGUCACAUGUUCAGCAGAUUGUACAAUAUGUUUUUGGGAUAUUAGACCACAGAAACCUUUAACCCCUCAAACAACAGAGAAAAAGAAGGAAGAAAGUAUUGAAAUUCCUUUUGAUGUACCAUCUACUUUUUUGCAUCUAGAUCUUUCCUGGAAACCUCUCAGUAAGAUAAGGCUGUCCAAGGGUGAAACAAGUUUAGACCACUGCCCAACCAGAAUAAGCCUGAAUGAAGACCAUCUUCUUUACAAAACAGAAGACAAAACGUUAACACAGAGCAAAACAGUGAAGGCAGGAGAAAUGAACCCAUACCAUAAUCUAGAAAGUGGGAUGGCCAAUCUUCUCAAGCCAAUAGAUGACUUCUGCACAAAGUUCUUUGUGGGAACAGAGGAUGGCGAAGUGAUAUACACAGAUUGGAAAAUGGAAAAAGAUCCUGAAACUGGCCGACAUAUGCCAAAGAAGCCAGUGAGCAUCCACACCAUUCAUGAUGGAACUGUCCACACUAUUCAGAGAUCACCUUUCUACAAUGACAUUAUUCUCACAGUUGGAGGGUGGAACGUGGCCAUAUGGAAAGAAGGUGUCAUGACUGGACCCCUCCUUCAGUCAUGCUGUGCACCAAAAAUGUACACCUCAGGCCACUGGUCCCUGACUCGGCCCGGAGUUUUCUAUAUCGGCCGAGAAGAUGGAUAUAUUGACAUCUGGGACCUUCUGGAGAAAACCCAUGAACCAGCCCAGUCUCAAAACAUUUGCAUAACUAUGAUCACCUACAUCAAACCCUGGAUCUUUUCUGCUAAACAGCAAUUUAUAGCCAUAGCUGAUUAUUAUGGAACACUGCAUAUAUUAGAAAUUCCUUGGACAUUAAGUCGCCCUUCCACCAAUGAGAUGACAAGUGUUAAUUACUACUUCGAAAGAGAAGUCAAGCAUCUGGAAUAUGUAGAACAACGCAAAAAUAUUCGUGAGCAAGAAAAGAAAGAAAUGGAACUAGAAAUGGAGAAGAAAAAAAUUAAAACGUAUCAGAAGUCAAAAGAACAAAUGGAGGCUGAAUUAAAAAUGGACUACGAGAGUUAUCUGGAACUGGAAAAGACCGUUCUUAUCAACCUUGGCCUUCUGAAAGUCACAGAGAAGGGGUCAUACAUGGAUGUAGUGUGAAAAAGCUUCCUGAAGGGGUUUUGGGGACUUCUUUCCUCUUUUUAUUUAUUAUUUUUAUGUCAGGUGAACUGGCAAGCUGAAUAUAUAUG